AUGCUGUCAAUAAUUGAGAACAGGCGCCACCUAAUUUUGCCAUUAUUGCCUGGCGCACCGCUGCGAGUGUUCGCCUCGACUCCCGACACGAGUUUCAUCCACCUGUCUCUGAUAUUUUUCAACUUCGGCAUGGCCUGUGUUCGUGCCCAAGUGACCCAUAUGAUGCAGUUCAACCCACACGAGGAUGUGAUUGCUACCAUUCAGUUCAUGCUGGACAUGCUGUACAUGCUGGUGUGUUUCGUGGUGGUCUCCUUCUCAGCAGCCGCUGUGUGCGAAGCGCAUGACGACUCGUUGCCCCAAGUCAACCGCCUGGCCGCUGCGCAUUGUAUGACGGCGUCAGUCCCGAACCAGGAAUUCCUGGAGCAAGCCUUCCUGCUGAUGUCGCAGAUGCAGACCAGGAACGUGUCCCUGACGGCGUGGAAUUUCUACGAGCUCAAUCGCGCAGCACUCGUCACCACAGCCGGCGCCGUAGCCACUUACGUUUUGGUAGUCCUUCAGAUGGCGCCCUCUUUUCUCGAAGGCACACAUCAUGGCAAUGACUACCAUGUUGUACUUCCUCGCCUUCCCACCGGUAAGCUUGUUGUGGACUCUGUCUUUCUACAUGCGGACUUAGCUGGUCGCCCCUACCGGGUUCAAGAUUUUAGAGGUGCUCUUCGGGACAUCAUUGACUUGAAGAAAAUAAGCUCCAUAGGUCAAUUUCAAAUGUCUCAUGUUUGGAUGGUCACAUGCAAGUCAACGCUGACGAAAACAAAGUUGGUCACAAGAGGCGAAUUUUUCGUCAAAAGUCGUCGAUGCCUCGUUAUUGACCCGGAGCCCACGGAAGUGAAGCUGAAGCUUAUGUGGCUUCCUGAGCGCUUGGAGGACACCUAUGUGUGCGAGGCACUGUACGCUUUUGGGAAGGUCAAGACAAUAUCACAAGAAAGCUGGAAAGUAGCGGACAUGGAACAAAUGCGGACGCUAAAUAGGGAUGUUGUUUUGUCCCUUGCUGAUGGAGUUCGCAUUGCGGAUAUUCCUCAUAUUCUUUUUGUCUGCGGAGUGCAAAACCUCGUCCUGAUACCUGGCCGCCCACCACUUCGCCUUCGGUGCAGUAAGGUUGGACACAUCCGUCGAAACUGCAGGACCCCUCGCUGUGACAACUGUCGACGCUUCGGUCAUUCGGCCGAAGAUUGUGUUAUGACAUACGCCAACAAUCUG